GUGGUUGGUUUAUCUGGCUCAAAGGUUAUCACCGAGAUUAAUCUGACACAAAAGUAGAAGGAGAAGGAGAGAGAAAAAGACAAGAACCAAAAAAAGGAAGAAACACAGCUCAGUUAUGGCUGUCGGGAUAAACGCGAUGCCGGUGACGUUUGCGGCCCACGCGCUCGCUGUGAUAGCGGCGAUUAUGGUGCUUGUUUGGAAUAUCAGCUACAGAGGUGGAUUGGCUUGGGAAGCUGAAAACAAGAAUCUCAUCUUCAAUCUGCAUCCUGUUCUGAUGCUCAUUGGAUUUGUGAUCUUGGGAGGAGAAGCUAUUAUAAGUUACAAAUCGCUUCCAUUGGAGAAACCAGUGAAGAAGUUGAUCCACCUUAUCCUCCAUGCCAUUGCUCUGGCUCUUGGGAUCUGGGGAAUCUGUGCAGCCUUCAAGAACCACAACGAAAGUGGAAUCCCUAACCUCUACAGCCUCCACUCUUGGAUUGGUAUUGGUGUCAUUUCUCUUUAUGGCUUCCAGUGGGUGUACAGCUUCAUAGUGUUCUUCUUCCCUGGAGGGUCACCAAACCUUAGAAGUGGGUUGCUUCCGUGGCACGCAAUCCUAGGCCUAUUUGUUUAUAUACUCGCGGUUGGGAACGCAGCUUUAGGGUUUCUGGAGAAGCUGACUUUCCUGGAGAGUGGUGCUAAGCUCGACAAGUACGGGCCAGAAGCGUUUCUUGUGAACUUCACAGCCAUUGUCACCAUUCUCUUUGGUGCCUUGGUGGUACUCACUGCUUCUGCUAAGUCUCCCUCCUCCAUUGACGAUGCUGAUAACUACAGCUAUUCUGCUAUAUGAAAACGCUUUAUACAUUUCUUCAGUUCCUCGCAUAUCUUUGCUGCUACUUGUGCUGUCAAAAGAUUAUAUAAUUAUAUGAUGUAUUUGUAGUGAAAACACUUUGUGUUUGUGAUUCCGCUGAUUAUGAGUUUGAUUACUUCUGGUGUGUAAAAAUGUUCAGUAAUAUUGUUGAAAAUUGCAACAGU